GAUACGACUGGGUUAUAUAAUGGCUCAAGAUUCAUUAGUUCAGAAUAAGAGGCAAUAACAAUUAUGGAUUAACGUUGGUCGUACUCCAAUCAUAUGAAUGGGGCAAUAACCAUUUAAAUUAAAAAAUGACGUACAACAAUGCGGAUAGAUUAUAUAUAAAGGAUUAGAGGAAGUAGUAGAUUCUACACAAUACAAGGAGAAGCUUUGGGUAAUCUGGGGUUGGAUUUAGAGCUGGAGCUCCGUUGUCAAGUUCAUUCUCGUGUAAUUGUCCAGACGGGAGACUAAUUAUUAGACCAUUUCCAGCAGCUUAACCACAUACAUAUCUAUAUUCAAACUACAUUGUAUAAAUAUUACAAUCUACAAUGUAAAGCGAUAUAAAAUGGUGUUUUAGUGAUCAUAUAUGUAUAUUGUACAGUUCACUCAUAUUGAUCGUCAAAAACACUUUUUGCGUUGUUUUGUACUAUAAAUUAUAUUGUUUGUAUAGUGUAUUUUAAAUAUUAGUAUCAUUACGAGUAAUCUGGUUCUUACCGUCUCUAAUCCGGAGUCCCUACCCCCGACCUCGCGAUCGCAGUUCGGGUUGCCAUAUAUACAUACAACAACACCCGGUCCCAAAGAAAGGCCACACACAGCCGCACUCGCACAGCCGCCACCACCACCUGGUCCACGUCGCCGGCGGCAAUGUGGGCCCACCUGGCCGUGGCGCUGUUCGUGGCGUUAGCCGUGGCUCCCCCGGCCCGCGGCUCCGACGUGCCUUCGUUCCCGCUGUCGCAGGCGCAGUCCCCGUCCAACUCCUCGUCCCCGUCCAACGCCGCCUCGCGGCCGUGCCACCUGGACCUCUCGGCCGAGCUCUUCGGCGGGGUAGCCGCGGCGUGCGGCGCCGGCGGGGGCCCGGGCUCGCUGGACCGCGGCCGCUGCUGCCCGGUCCUGGCGGCCUGGCUCUUCGCGGCGCACGCGCGCACCGCGCUGUCCGUGCCCCCGGCGCCUCCACCCUCGGCGCUAGCGGGGGACGAGGGAAUGGGGCCCGACGGCGGCGACGACGGGCCCAUGGUACCGUACGACAACCAGAGGUGUGUCGACGCGCUGGGCGCCGCGCUGGAGCGGCGCGGGGUGGCGCUGCCCCGGCCCAACGCGACGUGCGACACGGUGCUCUGCUUCUGCGGCAUCCGGCUCCACCAGAUCGGCUCGCUCCGCUGCCCCGCUGCGUUCGCCGUCAAAGCUGGCGCCGCGGCCAGGAACGCCACGCCCACCGCCGCGGUGAAGGCCCUGGAGAAGAGCUGCCGCAACGCCUCCUACGCCGGCUGCUCGCGAUGCGUGCAGUCCCUGCAAAAGCUUCCUCGGUUGCACUUGCACCCACCAACUUGUGCAGCUGAAGGGGAACGUGAGCCGCGAGGUCUCCGGCGCCGGCGGCGACCGCGCGCGGCGGAUGCUGGGGCGGGACUGCCAGCUGAUGGGCCUCACGUGGCUGCUGGCCAAGAACAAGACGGCCUACAUCCCCACCGUCUCCGCCGUGCUGCGCGCCAUGCUCUACACCGCGCGCCCGACGGAGUCCGGCAGCGGCGGCGCGGCGCCGCGGUGCAGCCCUGACCAGGAGAACAUGCCGCUUGCCGUGGACUCGCUGCAGUUCGAGCGCACCGCCAGCGCGGGCGGUUCCGCGGCCGCCGCCUCCGCGACGCCGCGCGGCGCCACCGCCGCCGCCCUCCUUGGCCUCGCGCUCAGCCUGGCGGUCGGCCGCUGGUGGGAUGCGUUCUUGUGAACUCCCGAUGCAGGAUGGCUGUGGUUGGAGGGCGUGGCGUGGUGGAGCUUUGUUGAUAACAUGUAUUUUGUACGUAGUAGUUGUUGUUAGCAGGGAAGGGAGUAGCUUAUUUUGCAUAGCCGGGGAUUUGGCAAAUACUAUGGCGGAUUGACGGCGUGGCUGUGAAUGCGAUCGUGGUGUUGCUUGCAGAUGGCUGGCUGCUGGCUCCAAGGGGUGUGCGGAUGACGGCAGUAAAUUGAAAACGUAGAGCCUCUUUGCCAAGA